ACGAACAGUUUUACUGUGGCGGACCAACAUGGCCGCGCUGAGGAAGGUAACAACCUGCUUCCGUCUCCUCAGGAGCGCAGCUCCUGUCCUGUUUAGCAGCAGAAAACCUGCAGUCCUCAAAGCCGUCAAAUGGACAAAUAUUCUGUACACGGGUAUCGCGUCUCUAACUGUGGGCGGUGGACUGUGUGCGAUACCUUUCAAACAGGUUGAACACCUCUCUCAUGACUCUCUGAUCAGACGAGCAGCCUCUCUGGUUACAGACAGUUCAAGCACUUUUCUUUCUCAGACCACUUUGGCUCUCAUUGAUGCCAUUACAGAGUACUCAAAAGCUGUGCACACACUCAUUGCCCUCCAAAGACAAUAUUUGCAAUCACAGGGAAAUCUGUCUCCUGCAGAAGAGGAUAAAAUCUGGCAGGUGAUCAUUGGCCAGCGUUCAGAGGUUAGUGACCGACAAGAUGAAUGGAAGCGCUUUGAGUCAACCUGGGUCAGCACCUUCCAGCUGUGUGAAACGGCAGCUGAGGCAGCGUACACCUCAGGAGCUGAACAUGCGGCCAUCACAGUGAGGGCAAACAUGCAGGUGGCCGAGUCGCAGGUGGAGAAAGCGCGGAAACUGUCAGUGGAUACAGAAAAGAAGUUGGCGGAGACUAAAGUAAUGGAGGUUGAAAGGGUGACGCAAGAUGUUUCCUCCUUGCAUGAUAAUGAGGAAGAGGUGCCUGAGGCGUAUCUAAGAGAAGACUAAAACAAAUGCUCAGCGAUCAGAAAAAUAGAGCCAAAGCAUAAAAAAGGAUUAUGUUUUCGACCCAUUGCACUGGGACUUGACCAGCUGAUUUUUGUGUUGUAUAAAAAUUCAUUGUAAUAAAGAUUAAACACAGUAUUAAAAACUA